UGCUCCAGCUCCUGCUCCAGCUCCUGCUCCAGCUCCUGCUCCAGCUCCUGCUCCAGCUCCUGCUCCAGCUCCUGCUCCAGCUCCUGCUCCAGCUCCUGCUCCAGCUCCUGCUCCUUCCUGAGGCUCCUUGGGCCUUCACGGAGACGUGAGAUCCAGAACCUGAACGCAAAAGGCCGCCGGCGCUGAAGGGAUGGGACGGUCUUCCAAGGACAAGAGGGACAUUUACUACCGUCUGGCAAAAGAGGAGGGCUGGCGGGCCCGCAGUGCUUUCAAACUGCUGCAGCUGGAUGAGGAGUUUCAACUCUUCCAGGGGGUACAUCGUGCCGUGGAUCUAUGCGCCGCACCGGGCAGCUGGAGCCAAGUCCUGAGCCGUAAGCUAAAGGGGUCAGAAGAGGCGAGCACCAUCGUAGCAGUGGAUCUCCAGGCCAUGGCACCUCUUCCAGGGGUCAUUCAGAUCCAGGGGGAUAUCACUAAGGUAUCCACAGCUCAGGAGAUCAUUCGGCAUUUUGAGGGGCAGCCGGCCGAUCUGGUGGUGUGUGAUGGAGCCCCUGAUGUGACCGGGCUGCAUGACAUCGACGAGUACAUCCAGGCCCAGUUGUUGUUGGCGGCGCUGAACAUCACCACCCACGUCUUGAAGCCGGGGUGCACCUUCGUGGCCAAGAUCUUCCGGGGCCGAGAUGUUACCCUGCUCUACUCCCAGCUCCGCGUCUUCUUCCCGGAUGUCACCUGUGCCAAGCCCCGCAGCAGUCGCAACUCCAGCAUUGAAGCCUUUGUGGUUUGUCGUGGCUUUGCCCCGCCUGCUGGCUACGUCCCCAACAUGGCCAACCCCCUCCUGGACCACUGCUACGACCUGGACUUCAACCAGCUGGAGGGACCCAACCGCAUAAUCGUGCCUUUCUUGGCCUGUGGAGACCUCAGCGCCUACGAUGCCGACCGCACCUACCCGCUCCAGCUGGCCGGGGGCCCGGCCUACAGGUACAAGUCCCCGACUCAGCCCCCCAUCUGUCCGCCGUACCAGGAGGCUUGUUUCCUCAAGAAGAACAACCUGUUGGCCAAGGAUCCCGAGCCCAGAGUCCUAGAGAGUGUGGCUAAGGACCCUGAGCCCCUGGAGCAGCCCGCACCCAGCGUCCUAGAGAAUGAGACUAAGGACCCUGAGCUCCUAGAGCAGCGGGAGCCCAGCCUCCUACAAAGGGUGGCUGAGGCCCUGGACACCCUUUCUGUGGCCCCUGGAGAGUGACACCUCCUCAUGAGACAUUUUAACUCUGGUUAAAAAUUUAUAGUUUUGUAUAA